UCAAUUUAUGCAGUUCAAUCCAUUGACCAAGAUUAGACAUGUCAACUUUCCAGGAUCCAAUCCUUUUCCUCUACAAAUCCAGACAGUCCCAAUCUCCGUCCAUACGCUCCUACCGCCGCCGCCGUCGUCGCCACCAUCCAAAAAUGAACAUCGUCUUCUUCCUCUCAGUUUUCUUACUCUUCGUCGGAGCCAACAGUUCUCAAUUUCCGAUCGACGAAGCAACCAUCGCCGAAAUCCAACACGCUUUCUCCCAAAACAAGCUCACCUCCAGAGAACUUCUCGAUCACUACCUGAACAAGAUCGAUUUUCUUAAUCCAGUGCUUAGAAGCGUUCUCGAAGUGAAUCCUGAUGCGAGAGCCCAAGCGGAAACCGCCGAUCGAGAGAGGGAGCUCGCUGGAGGAAAAGCCCUUGGCGAACUCCAUGGAAUUCCAGUGCUGCUCAAGGAUUCAAUUGGAACCAAGGAUCGGCUCAAUACCACGGCCGGUUCCUUCGCAUUGCUAGGUUCGGUGGUGCCUCGAGAUGCGACGGUGGUCCACCGCCUGAGGAACGCCGGUGCGGUGAUUUUGGGGAAAACUUCGCUCACUGAGUGGUAUGGGUCUCGGUCUCUGAAGAUUCCCCAUGGCUGGUGCGCUCGCGGCGGUCAAGCCCUGAACCCAUAUGGGAAAGGCGGGGAUCCCUGCGGUUCAAGCAGUGGCUCAGCCAUAUCAGUGGCCGCCAACAUGGCGGCGGUGUCGUUAGGAACCGAGACAGAUGGCUCAAUUUUGUGUCCGGCCGAUUACAACUCUGUCGUCGGCAUCAAACCCACCGUCGGUCUCACGAGCCGUGCCGGCGUUAUCCCCAUCUCUCCCCGGCAAGACACAAUCGGGCCCAUAUGCAGGACAGUUUCUGAUGCUGUUUAUGUUCUUGAUGCUAUUGUUGGGUUUGAUCCAAUGGACUCUGAGGCAACCAAGGUUGGAUCUCAAUUCAUUCCUUCUGGUGGUUAUAAGCAAUUUCUGAAGAGAGAUGGGCUUACAGGAAAACGAUUGGGCAUUGUUAGGCAUCCCUUUUCUGAUUUGUAUGCCAAUGGAUCCAAGGCCAUUCAAACCUUUGAGCAUCAUGUCAAGCUGCUAAGGAAAAGUGGAGCAACCAUUGUAGACAACCUUCAAAUAUCAAAUGUAGCUGCAAUUCUGAAUCCUUAUGAAAGUGGUGAAUUAGUUGCAAUGAUAGCUGAGUUCAAGCUCACCAUAAACGAUUACCUCAAGAACCUGAUCCAGAGUCCAGUUAGGUCUCUAGCUGACAUUAUUGCCUUCAACAACAACCAUCCUGAACUGGAAAACAUGAAAGAGUAUGGCCAAGAUGCCUUUCUUUUAUCCGAGCAAACCGAGGGGAUCGGAGAGGCAGAGAAGGCAGCGAUUAGUAUGAUGUCCAACUUAUCAAGAGAUGGAUUUGAGGAAAUGAUGAAGACCUAUAAUCUGGAUGCAAUGGUAACAUUAGGGACUGGAGCCGAAACUGUUCUAGCUAUUGGGGGAUACCCUGCCAUCUCUGUCCCUGCUGGAUACGAAGGAAACGGAGAGCCGUUUGGCGUCCUCUUUUCGGGUCUUAAGGGGACCGAACCGAAGCUGAUCGAGAUCGCUUAUGCAUACGAACAAGCCACCAUGGUACGAAGGCCUCCUCCUCUUCUUUCUGACUUGUCAAGUUUGUGAAUGUUAUGUAUGACAUGUUUGCAACCAGAAGAUUUAGUGUAACUGCUCGAAAAUGUGACGUUUGGUAAAAUAAGUUCUUUUCGAUCCUGCCUUGGUGAAAA